AUGGACUUGAAUCGGAUUUUCAGGGCAUUGUUGUCGUCUUCGCCCAACCCCAAGUCCUCAAGCACCACAGACGAAUGCUGCCUUGGUAACACUUCCACUCCCCAAAGUCUCCCUAUGGGCAACCACGGCGUCAAGGGCCUAAUGCCCCUUCUAGGGGUAGCCCAAUUUAUGUCGUUCAGCCGUACCUUUUUGCUCGUCAAUCAAGUCAUGAACUAUCUUGACAUCAACCCGACGAUGCUGGUGGCAGCCCUGGGGUUCCUUUGGUGCAUAUGGCACUCAAUGGGACAACUAUGGUCAUUCUUCUGGCACGAUCUCCUGCUCAAGUACGCGACUGCGAGUAUAUUUGUGAGCAGUUGA